AGUAGAAGUAUUAAAUCAAAACAAUCAAUAUUAUGGAAAAAUCUAAUUUCUCAGACUCGUCGUUUCUCCCUUCAACCUUUGACCCUGGUUUUCAUGGGGCUGUUGACGAAAAUUUAUCGCGGAUGCCUUACAGGGCUUUGGGUAGGACUGGUCUUGACGUGUCUUUGAUUUCAUAUGGUGGUAGUUCUCUGGCUAAGUUUUACGGAGAUGAAAUUAACCAAAAGUCGAUUGAGACGAUUCGUACUUCGAUCAAACGUGGAGUAAACUACAUUGACACAUCCCCAUGGUACGGAGAAUCUGAAGCAUUACUUGGUGAAGCUCUGAAUGGUAUCCCACGUAAUGUGUACUAUAUUGGAACUAAAGUCGGCAGGAAUUUUACGCCAGGAUGGGAAAAUCGUUUUGAUUUUUCUCGAGGGGCUGUACUGAAAAAUGUGGAAAAUAGUUUAAACUUGCUAGGAUUAAGCUACGUGGAUGUCAUUCAGAUUCACGACCUGGAGUUCUGUUUAGACCCACAAAUUAUAAUUAACGAGACACUUCCUGCCUUGGAGUCGGUUGUUCGAGCUGGAAAGGCAAAAUUCAUUGGAAUCACAGGUUACAGCUUGGAAACAAUGAAACAAACCAUCGAAUCAUCUCCAGUAAAAAUCGAUACAAUUUUAUCCUAUUGCCGCAUGAAUUUUCAUGACACGGCAUUAUUGGACUAUAUGCCAUUUUUUGAGUCCAAGAACGUGGGCGUUAUAAAUGCAGCUCCAGUAUCAAUGGGCUUGUACACGAAUCGAGGUCCACCAGAGUGGCACCCAGCAUCUGACGACGUUAAACGUGUCGCAGGAGUCGCAAAGACGUACAUAACAAAUCAAGGUAAACGGAUGGAAGAUGUGGCGCUAGGAUUCGGCCUACAUCCAGAAAAUCUUGCUGUAUCUACAACUCUUGUGAGCAUGCCAAACGAGGAGAUUUUGAAAACUAAUUUAGAAAUUGCAACAACGCCAAGAACCGUAGAUGAUAGAGAGUUAUAUAAAAACGUUUUAGAAAUCUUCAAGUCAAAUUUAAAGGGUCCUGGCCAUUGGGAGGGAAAGGAAGUCAUGGAAUACAAAAAAGCCCUAAACUUGGCCUAGCAAACAUACAACCAAAAAACAUUAACAAUUUGUUGACGUGUAUUUAGACAGCAAAUUAGUUUAUAAAAAAAGUAAACUACUCUUUUGCAUUAUGUACCUCUGUUGUACAUACAUACGCUCAUAUUCCAUUAGAGCUUUGCGUGUUAGUUGUACAUUCACCUUCCGGAUGUAAUAAGUAAGUAUCUAAUAAUAAAGAACAAUCAAUACAUGUAAGCACAAUAAAAUAUAUCAUUCCUCAAUCAUA